GGCAGGAGGAGGCAAGAAGAUUAAAGCUGCCCUUAUGCCUGAUAGUGCAGGAUUGACAAAUCCCAGCUCAGAUUUGAGGCAUCUGCAGGAAGUGUCAAGGUGGCGGUUGGGAUUGUGUGAUCAAAGCUCUGCCCCUUUGUAUGUGUGUGUGUGUGUGUGUGUGUGUAUGGGGAGGCCAGAGGGGAUGGCUUUGAAGACAGCAGGAAGAACUAUCAUCAAGGCAAUGGGUUAGAUAAGCAGGGAUUAAGCCUGGGCCAAGAAGCUAACUUGGGAGGACAACUCAGACGAGCCAAUUCACAAUGGGUGCAGCCUGAUCUUUUUUGUGAGCAUGAUGUUGACAAAUAUUUUUUUUAAAAAAGAGGGGGAGCUUCACUCUUUCACACGCACACACACACCCCAAACAUCCCUGGCCCACAGAAACCAACUCAAACUGUUCGAUAAUUGUGUCCCUUUUGUCGGCGAAGAAAAGGCUGCUUGAAAUAACAAGCCCCUGUCUUCGUUUGUUCUUCUCUCCCAUUCAGAACAUUCGUGGGUUUUCCUAAAACUUUCAGUGUUUCAUUAGUAAACCCUGGAACAGAACUGGCGUUAUUGUCAAUGAGUGGUGGGCCAUGGCAGGUGGGGGGGGGAAGCAGGAGCCAAGAAGCAAAGGCUGACUAGGACAAAAGCUGGUUUGGCCAGACCACAAAUCUUUGUUAAAAUUCUACAUUGUGCAGAAAGUGGCAAAGGAAGCCUUUUUAAAUCUCGAAAGGUCUUCCAGCGGAGGGGGAUAAAACUUGCAGCUCGAGAUGCAUCAACAAUGACUCCUUUUAGGAAUGGCCUUGGAGGCAAUUCCAUCAACAAAGGGAGGGGGGUGUCCCCUUCACAGAAAAGGGCUUGCAGAGCGCCUGGGCUCCCUUCCCCUUCAACGCGCGGGUUAAUGUCUGGGCCCGCUUUGAUUCCACGCGGCUUUCUUUUGUUUCCACAUUUGCCUCCGUCAGGUUGCUAGGAUACUUGAAGUCUCCGAAGAGACGAGGAGGAUGAUGGGAGUGAAAUCAGGCUUGGAAAUGAUUACCUUGCCCUACGGACACCAACUGCGCCUGGAUCUAAUUGAAAGGCAUACUACAAUGGCAAUAGGAAUUGCGGUGGAUAUUCUUGGCUGCACGGGGAAUUUAGAAGAGCGUGUUGCAACAUUAAACAGGAUUAUCCAGGUUGCAGUCGAACUCAAAGACUCCAUGGGGGAUCUGUAUGCCUUCUCAGCUAUAAUGAAAGCUCUGGAAAUGCCUCAGAUCGCACGGUUGGAGCAAACAUGGACCAGCUUGAGGCACUGUUAUACCCAAACAGCCAUUAUGUACGAGAAACAGCUGAAACCUUUCAGCAAACUCUUACAUGAAGGAAAAGAGGUCACCUGUGUGUCGCAAAACGUCAUCGCUGUGCCAUUGCUGAUGCCUCUGGUUACGCUGCUGGAACGGCAAACUGUGGUCUUCGAGGGAAUGGAUGUGUGGGAAAACACUGACCAAAGCUGUGAUAUCAUGCUGAAACAUUUGGCAACAGCUCGUUUGAUAGCACAAAAUGCCGAACAGUACAGCGCAAAUGCGGAAAGGAUCCUUACAG